CUGCCGAAAGAUAUUGUGUUCCUCGCCACAUUUGACGAGGGAAAAGGAGACGCGCUCACCGACCUCUCAGACCAUGGAAACGAUGGUACUGCUGAAGGAAAGGCAUCUUGGAUUGAUGGCGAGUUUGACAAAGCAUUUGAGUUUGAUGGCGGAACGUUUAUUACAAUCGAAAACGCUGCGCCUUUGAAAGAACUCACCGACCCGAUGAGUGUGGGGGCAUGGGUAAACCCUGAUGGCAUUAACAAUUGGCAGAAUAUUGUAGAGAUGGACGGCGGAGCCGGCUGGAAAUUUGGAUUCCACGGUUCAAAGAAGCUCGUCUGGACUACGUAUCAUGUCAAAGAUUUUCUCGGACAAACUACGAUUGCUGAAGGCGAAUGGAGUCACGUCGCCGCAACAUGGGAUGGCAAAGAGGCGAUUAUCUAUAUCAAUGGUGAAGAAGACGACGGGGGUCCAAUCGCCGGGGGCGGGGUCAUUGACGUCACAGGAGAACCCAGUCUUGAUAUUGGAUAUCGACGGACUUCUAGCUCAUCUCAUUUCAUUGGUGGUAUGGACGAACUCUGGAUUUCCAACAAGGUGAAGUCUCAAAAGGAAAUCCAGGAAUUUAUGAAUUCCGGCUUUAACACAAUCCUCGCCGUAGAUGCGGCAGAUAAGCUCGCGGUGACAUGGGGUAAACUCAAAGCCAAUUGA